AUGAUUGUAUUAUUUACACUCAAAUAAUAUAAUUCAUAUAGUUAAUACAUUGGAUUAAUUUGCAAGGCUGAAAAUUUAUUGUUAAAAAACAAUGUAAUCAAGUUAUGUGAUUUUGGAUGGUCAGCUAAGGUUGGAUAUAAUAAAUAGAGAGAUACUCUUUGUGGAACUGUUUAUUAUAUGGCUCCUUAAAUCUCUUAAAGGCAAUAAUCAUAAUGA